CACUCAGCCCACAGAUGCGCGAGAAGCUCCCACCUGGUGUCCUCGAUUACUCAACAAUGGCCGCCAAUGACAAGGAGUGGGAGCUAGAGGAAGGGAUCCCUCAGGUCGAAGAUCCCUUCAUUCAACAGUACCUGAAAGGACGAGACUCUCUGAUUCUGCAAGAGCAGAAACAGCGACAUGACUUCAACCUUCGCAAAGCUCUGACCCCAGUCGCCGCCAGAGCUUGCAAGAUCGUGUCCAAGAUUCGCGAUCGGGAGUUGACUCAAGCUUCUACGCCUUGUGAUGGACCACCGGUUGUAGACUGGGAACAGGUUCGGAAAACUGACCUUUGGAAGAUCGCGCAGAGAAUGCCCAAAGGGUCUCUGCUGAACGCUUCCAUCCAUGGUCUCAUCGACGUAGAUAAGUUGAUCGACUUCGCUCUCACUACGGCGGGGUUGCACAUUUCUAGCCCCCAGCCUUUAUCGUCUCAAGAAGCGCGCCAGGAAUCGCCCGUCACCUUUCAGUAUGCUUCGUCUUCGAAACAAAGCGUGGAAGGCAGCGUCUCUAUAUGGUCGGCUGCCUAUAGUGCCUCGGAACUUGUUCCUAUUCAGCAGGCAGUCUCUUCCUUUCCGGAUGGUGGAGAGACCGGGUUCCGCGACUGGUUGAAGAGGCGAUGCACCCUUGGGGACGAGCAUUCGAGCGACGAUCCCCAUGGCGCGGCGAUCAUCAACUCUCUGCUGAGUUAUGAGCCCAUUUUGCGUUUCUGCUUGAGAGACGUCUUCGCGCAUCUGGCAGCGGACGGGGUCGAUUAUGCCGAGUUCAGGCAUACCUUCAGCCAUCCCUAUCGACGGGAAGGAACCGACACGCCCGACGAAGACCAAAGCGAAUGGUGCCAUGUGUUUCAACAAGAAUUACGGCGUCGCCAGAGCACGGACGAAGGGCGUGGUUUCUACGGAGCGCGGAUCAUAUGGAAUGCCAGUCGCUCACUCUCGAACAGGGAGAUCGCGGAUAACAUGCAAACCUGUCUUUUCGCAAAGUAUGAUUACCCGGAGGUUAUCUCUGGGUUCGAUAUAUCGGGGACAGGAAGUGAUGCAAGGCCGCUGUCAGACCUCGUUCCUCUAUUGUUCUGGUUCCGCAAAGAGUGCAUGGACGCAGGCCUGGAGAUCCCUUUCCUCUUCCAUGCCGGCGAGACGUCGCAUGACGAGGCGCGUGCCGACCAGGGCUUAUAUGAUGCGAUCCUGCUAGGGACGCGGAGAAUCUGCGAAGGAUCGACACUCUACAAGCACCCGUUGCUGACUGAGUCGGUCAAGGAGAAGAAGAUCUUGGUCGAGUUCAAUCCGACCUCCAGCCGGAGCGAGCACAUUCUUCCGGCCCUGCUGUCGCGGGGUAUUUCGGUCGCUCUCUGCGGCAGUAGUUUCAACGGGCGCGGUGCAGAAGGGUUCACGCAGGUAAUUUGGAGGGUGCUUCGAGGUGAUGAUGACCACACCGAUCUUGCAGGACUGGCAAUGCUGGUGGAGAACUCGAUUCGGUGGAGCUGCUAUGAUGAUCAGCCGGCGGGUGAAUGGCUUUCCGAGAUCGGGGAGGGCAUUCUGGGCGAGAAGGUCAAGGCCCGCCGUUUGCAGGAUUGGUGGGCAAGGUUUGAGCAGUUUUGUGAGUGGGUUACAGUCACAUUUGCGGAGGAAGGCAGUGAUGAAUAAUUGAUGAAUCCUUUCAUUCGGCGCCGAUUAUAUUGCUUGCUCAAUUUUAUCGCGUAAUGCCACUAUAUGAGAUGGUUGAUUCUAGAUUGACUAUCAACCUGCGCUACCUUUCGUCGGACGAGGCCCCCUCCCCCACAGGUC